AUAGUUUUAAUUCGCAUCUGUCACUGCCUUGGUUGCUACUUUAAUAUUGUAAGAAUCCAUUCAAAAGGAAAGGAAUAAACCUUUGGAUUUUCUAGGUGUAGACUGAAAAUAGGUAACUGAAGGAAGGCGCUGUAUUUAGCCCGGAAAUGGACCUCUACGGUGCUGACAUAAACGUUGUUGUGAAGGAGGGAGGUGCCUACAUCUCCAGGGUUUCCUAACAGAGAUUCUGUUACAGUAUUAACUUUAUCUUCUGUAAAUAUCACAGCAUGAAGCAUGGCUCUGGUUAUACUACAAGUCAAAUUUUACACAACGUUUGGAUUUGAGGGAGCAUUUUGUUUACAUUUAAAGAAAACUCUAGUCCCAAUUUUUGUGUCGUGUCCAUAUAAGAGAUCACUUAUCCGCGAGAACGUAGCCAUGAGCACAGGUAAAUUAAGGGAAAUGGGCAAAAAGCAAGCGAACGAUUUGCGUUUUAUUUCUUAAAUCUCCCCUCUCUGGCCAAAGUACUUUAAAAAGCAAAGAAACAAAAUUUCUUUUAGGGUAUCGGGAACAGAUUCGUAAUUUCAGGUACAAGUCUAGCUGAUCAACACGUUUGACGGAUCAAAACCAGCUCCCUGGGUCUCUUUACGGGCAGAAAACCUCACCGCUUCUGCAAAGCGCACGCUUCUGGGUUUAAUUAACGAUGUUUCACUUUUUUGCUCUGAAUUUCUCGAUUUCUCGCAAAGUGCGCGCGCGCCCAGCGGGCCCGGCCCGGGACGCUGAUGUCGGGCGCGCGUUUCUCGAUCUCAAACACCGGGUUUCGGGAACAGGUUCCUUCAAUUGGACUUCGCGGAGGAGAUUUAAAGCCCUCAGCCAGCUGCGCCCGGGCCUCUCACCCCGGCUGGCCGGAGUCUCGGGCAGCGGACGGAGCGCAGCCCCGCGCCCUGGGAUGCGGGCGAACAAUGAAGAUGUUUUGCAGUCUGUUAAGGAAGAUGAUGGACUCCGGAAGGCCCAAGAUGCUUUCUGGCUUCAGUCACUGAUUACUGAUGCCUUCCAUGGUAAAGGAUUUCAGGAAAUACAAGCGUAUCUUCAACAGAAAGAAAGCCACCUUCCUCAAAAAUAUGAUCAUCUCCUAUUACACCAUCUUGACGGAUCAGUAAAUAAGGAACUGGAUAAAAAUGAAUUUCGGCAUGUUUCACUGUUGUUGAAAUGUGUUCAGCGAUUCUUCAAAGAUGAUCUCAGAAAAGAUGAGACCUUGUUAAUUCAGCAGGGACUGAUCCCGAAGAUGGCUUCCUGGUUUGAAAGGACGACAGGAUUUCUGGGCACUGAAGCCCUAGCCUCGAGCACAGUGCUGAAGCCCGUCAUAGAGGACUUCUUCGACACCGCGCUGAUUAUUUCCAGAAGUAGUCCUAAAGGAAAAAUUCAGAUGCUGGAUUCCUUCAUCCUUAUCUUAGGCUUCCUGGUGACAGAAAAGACUGUAAAUCACUUGAUUCAACAGGAGGCUCUGAGGACUUUGAACAGCAUUUUGCAAGGCAUACCUCGGGAAGAGAGGAGAAGGCUCCCUUCAGCAGAAGGCGCAUGUCAUCUUAUGAAAGACCUUGCAAGGACAAUCUUGACUGUGGGUGAUUAUGACCAGCAGGUUGCUCUUUCUGAGGCAUUGUGUAGAAUGACGAGUAGAACAUCAAGGAACGACCUUGUCCACCAGUGGUUUGAUGAUGAUGUCCUUGCUGAAGGCUUCAAGAAAAUUAAGGAUCGAGAAUUUGAGACGGACGGUCGAAGAUUUCUCAAUCACCUAAAUGACAGACUUGGUGACCAGAGAAGGGUCUAUUCAUUUGCAUGUGUUGCUGCUUUUGCUGAUGGGCAUGAGAUGAGAAAACCAGCAGAUGAAAAAUUAGAGAAGUUUUGGAUUGAUUUCAACCUAGGAAGCCAGAGUGUGACUUUUUACAUAGACAAUGCUGAGAGUGCUCUGUGGGAACCAAUCAGAGUUGCGAAGGAAGCCGUGGUUAACUUCGGCAUUACAGAAAAUGAGAAGGCGAAGAUAUUCAUCAUUUACCUGAAGGAGCCUAUUGUUAUCAGUAAGAAAGAAGUGAUGAAAAUAGAGAUCCAUUUUGAUUUGCAAGUCCACAUAUCCCAAGCUUCCGUUCAAGCUUUAGGAGAAGACAAACAGGUGUUGCCUGAUCAAAUGAAAAUGUCCUCGGAACACUUUAAAAAGUCUGAGAAAGAAGACAGUGAGAUUCCUAGCAGCCUGGAAAGACAAACAGAACAGGCAGAAGAAUCCACUGAAGCAGCAGAGUCCAUGAGUGCCGGGGGGGACCGUUGUGUGAUAACUCUCCUCUCUGAUUCCCAGGCGGGGCCUCCCCAAAGAAGUACAGCUGAUAGUUCAUCUGAAAAAUUGAAAAUGGGUGAUACUCAAGAAGUUACUUCAAAGCAUGAGCAUUCUUCAAUUGUACAAGACCCAUCGGUCCAAAUCCAGGCUCCUAAAUUAGAUGACAAAUCCAGGGAAGGUUCUGCUUUUGAGGAUGAUACAAAGCAAGAAAGAGGGAUAUCGGACACAAAGAAAAAAAGGACGCCGUUUGAUUAUAGGAAGCAUCUCUUUUCUGAGGAGGAGCACGGUUCAAGUUCUAGUACCAAUGAACAAUCUUGGACUAGUAACCAGAAAAGGAAAUCCUUAAAACCAUACUCCAGCAGAAAAAAGACGAGAGUGAGAAGCAGGCUGAAAAUCUUGCCACUUUUCCCACACAGUAGUGCCAGUGAGCAUGAGAAAAGCCAAGCUAAACUUCUAACACCAGUAUGGAAAGACAGCUCCAGACAGAACAAUGCCACACCUUCAGAAAUGUCUGGAAGAAAACUCCAGGGUAGUUCUGGCUUUUUAAGUCUUAAAGAUUCUGCGCAGAAAACUGAACUUCAAAGUCCACACCCACUGAGCGAUCUACCUGCCUUAGAGGACUCAGAAGUUGAAGAAAACGUGUCUCAGAUUAUAAACCAAGAGUCAUUAAUGGAAAAUACAGGCUUCAAACAUAAGCUGGCAAACUUGGAAGACAAAGACUCGCCAGAAGGGAGUUUUGCUAAGCCCAAACAAUCAAGAUUGGAAGAUGGUGAUGUUCCAGGACCCCCCAGCUUGGCAGACAUUGUGCCAGAGAACUUAGAUGGUUCUGCCGUUAUCACAGCCUUGGAAAACUUCACUGGAGAACUGAAAAGAAGAUAUGAGCUUGGGUACAGAAAGAGUCCAGUUUAUUCAAAGACAGCAAAGAAAGCACCAGAUUGCCUACUAAAACUUUUAAACCAGAUACACCUGCACAGACUGAACAAAUUAGAGAACUUCCACAAUUUUGUUCUUCAACAGUUGAGCAACCUUGAGAAAGAUAUUCAGGCUCUGAAACACCUUGAGAAGGAUGUUCUGGAAUUUUGGGAAAAACAGUCGGAUGAUCUGAAAUCAUUCUGUGAUCUGCAAGUGCUGAGGCUUAACCCAAUCCAGCCUUCCUAAGGAGAAUCAAAGCUUGGUUUUGCUAUUGCAUCCCUCGGUCUGAGCCACCGGAAGAGGAAAAUGAAGAUGGAAUUACCACUGGCUUGGGCCACACAAUCCCUGCUGUGAGCUUGGUGCUCGUUCGGUUUUUAUCUCUCACCCAUUACAAGAAACUUUCUCUACUCUAAACAAUUCCUGGGAACUUCUGAGUUGAAAUCAAAUAGAAUAUGUUGGUAGUUCA